CUAACCCCAGAUUUCUCUCUUUCCCCCCCGCCCAGCCCCAUGUGAAGGAUGCUCAAGAAGAGCAGCCUGGCUCUGCUGGGUGCCGCGCUCUUCCUCGCCUGGAACGGGCUCCUCCUCCUCUUCCUCUGGAGCCGCCCGGCGACGCUCCCGAGCGCCCAAAACGCCCAAAUCCCCCCCGGUUCCCGCCUGCUGCCGGCGCAGCUCCUGCAGCUGGCGCAGGACGCCGAGGCCGAGCUGCGCCUGCAGCGCGACCUCCUGCUGCAGAUCCAGCAGCUCGGCCGCCUGCAGCGCCGGAGAACGCCGCCGAAAACGCCGAAACCGCCCCAAGUCCCCACGGCCGGCGAGGCGCCGGUGAUCCCGGUGCUGGUGCUGGCCUGCGACCGCAGCUCGGUGCGGCGCUGCCUGGAUAAAAUCCUGCGCUACCGCCCCAGCGCCCGGCGCUUCCCGGUCAUCGUGUCCCAGGACUGCGGCCACGCCGAGACCGCGGCGGUCAUCGCCUCGUACGGCCAGGCCGUGGCGCACAUCCGGCAGCCGGACCUGAGCGACGUGGCGGUGCCGCCGGAGCACCGCAAGUUCCAGGGCUAUUACAAAAUCUCCCGGCACUACCGCUGGGCGCUGGGGCAGGUGUUCCGCACCUUCCGCUACCGCGCCGCCAUCGUGGUGGAGGACGACCUGGAGGUGGCGCCGGACUUUUUCGAGUACUUCCAGGCGGUUCUGCCGCUCCUGGAGGAGGACCCGACCUUGUGGUGCGCCUCGGCGUGGAACGACAACGGCAAGGAGGGCUUGGUGGACGCCGGGCGCGCCGAGCUCUUGUACCGCACCGACUUCUUCCCCGGCUUGGGUUGGUUGCUGCUGGCCGAGCUUUGGGAUGAGCUGGAGCCCAAAUGGCCGCCGGCGUUCUGGGACGAUUGGAUGAGGCAACCCGAGCAGCGGCGCGGCCGGGCGUGCGUCCGGCCGGAGGUGUCCAGGACGAUGACCUUCGGCCGCAAGGGCGUCAGCCACGGCCAGUUCUUCGACCAGUACCUGAAGUUCAUCAAACUCAACGACCGCUUCGUGCCUUUCACCCAAAUGGACCUUUCUUACCUCAAAAAGGACGAGUACGAGCGCCUCUUCCUCCACCAGGUUUACUCCGCCCCCGAAAUCCAACUGGAGGAGCUGCAGAAGGAUCCGGGCAGGGACUCGGGGCCCGUCAGGCUCCAGUACCGGGGCAGGGAUUCCUUCAAGGCUCUGGCCAAAGCCUUGGGCUUGAUGGACGACCUCAAAUCCGGCGUCCCGCGCGGCAGUUACCGCGGCGUCGUCAGCCUCGUGUGCCGGGGGCGCCGCGUUUUCCUGGCGCCCCCCUCGGACUGGACGGGCUACGACCCCUCCUGGAGCUGAGGGUGGGUUUUUUUUUUUUUUUGUGGGGGGACAUUUCCUUGUUUUAUUAUUUUUUUUUAAUUUUUUUUUUUUUUUUUUUUUUGGGGGGGGAGUGUUUUUUGCAGAAUAAAAAGGUCAGAAACGCUGUGGGGGAGCGGGGGGGGCGUUCUCCCCUCUGGAUUCCAGGUUUGCGCCGCUGCCGUUUCCAUCGAGUUAAAUUCGUUAAAUUCGAGUGGUUGAAAAGCUAAA